AACAACAAAGUGUCUCAUCCAGCUACACUGAAACAUGGAUGGUCUUCCUCCCGGAGACCCACAACUGGUCUCCAUGAUCGUCAGUCAUUUAAAAACACAGGGGCUCUUCGACCAGUUCAGGAGGGACUGUCUGGCAGACGUUGAUACAAAGCCAGCUUACCUGAACCUGAAGCAAAGGGUGGACAAUUUUGUCUCCAAUCACCUCUCCAACCACACAUGGAGCCCUCAUCUGAACAAAAACCAGCUGAGGAACAACAUCAGACAGCUCGUCCUGCAGUCUGGCAUGCUGGAGCAGGGAGUGGACAGGAUCGUCGCCCAGGUUGUGGAUCCCAAAGUCAACCAUACCUUCCGCCCGCAGGUGGAGCGGGUGGUUCGUGAGUUUCUGUCACCGGGCAGCUGCUCCGAGGAACCGCCGGUCCCUCCGACGCCUGCAGAACUUCAACCAGACGGCAGCGUUACUGAGCAAACCUCAUCUUCAGCUCCAGCUCCAUCCACUGCCAAGGAUGCCAUGUCCAUCUUGGACACGAUUUCUUCUCUCAACCAGGAGGCCAGUGUCAGGGCCAGCUCAGACACUGAUAAAGGAGGUACAGAUGAACCCAUGCAGCUGACGGAGGAGAACGAGCACAACAUGAUUGUUGUCGAGGAAGGCAACAGCAACCAAGAGGCAAAGCUGCUGGAAGAGGCAGAGGAGGUAAAAAUGGCUACAGAUGUCCAAGCAGCAGAUGUGAAGAUGGAGAGCGUGCAGGAACAGGCAGAAGUGGGAAAAGAGCUGCUAUCAGAGGAGGUUAAGAUGGAAGAGGAGGAGUCGGGAGUUCGUGAGCACACAGAAGAAAAGACAGAGAAAAACUUGAGCAAAGAUAGUGGCAAAUUGUUAGAAGAAAAACCAGAUGAUGAGACGAUAAAAUCUAUGAGCCAGGCCAAGGAGAAGGCCAGAGAAAAGAUAAAAGAAGAAUAUUCCUUGGAGGACUCUGACCUGGAAGGCCUAAGUGACAUCACGGUGAGCUCCGUCCACACCAGCGACUUGUCGUCUUUUGAGGAGGAAAGUGACGAUGACGAUCAGCCGACUGAUUCUUCUGAAGAGGGGGAGCUUCCUCCAGAUGAGCAAGGUGAAAAAGCAGGGAAGAAACACACAAGUGUGGACACAGGAGACGAAGACAAGGAGCGCAAACCUCGACGCAAGGCUUAUGUUCACAAACCCUUCCUCUACUCCCGUUACUAUAGCGACUCGGAUGAUGAGAUCACUGUGGAGGAGCGCCGCAGAUCUGCAGCAAAGGACAAAGAGGACAGGCUGUUGAAGAGACAACAGAACAGAGAGCGGAUGGAAGAGAAGCGCAAACAGAAAGCAGCACAGACUGAAGAGCAAGAUAGUAAAAAACAAAGGAGUGCAGAUUUUGCUCCAAUGGAGAGGCCCAAAGCCAAAGAAGCUCGCAAAGAGAGGAAAGUUCUGGAGAAAAAAGUGGCUCUUAGCAGGAAGAGGAAGCUAGACUCAAGAAAAGAGGGAGAAGCUUCAAACAAGAAGAAGGGCGAUACAGGAGAGACCUCUAAGAAAGCGGAGGUGAAGCCGUCUUCCUCAAAGAACCCACAAGCUAAGCUUACAAGAAAUCUGUCAGAAUCGGGAUCUUCCGAUGACCGGCGCAGACGAACGAGCGGCAGCGUCUCCGAAGAUUCCAGUGACACAAAGAAGCUGUUGGACAAAAGCCGGACACACUCCUUCAUCUUGGAUCUUGAGCAAGGCUCUCAUGAGGCUCUCAAACAGCGUUCGGUCGGAAAGUUUGAUCGCUUGCCCCGGAAAGACCUUCACUCUAAAGAGCGCAAAGAGAAGGAGCGCAGCCUGUCUGAUGAUCGUGCCAAACUCAAACAAAAGCAGGAGAAAAAAUCCGAGCAUCCAGCAGAUGAGUCUCUGCAGAAGGAAAGCUCUGCUGUCAAAGUAUCUUCUGAAGAUAAAAGUGAGAAGAAGCUCAAAACCAAAAGUGAGAAGAAAACAGCAGGAAGUACAAAAGAUGGAAAAGUGGCUGAAGGAGGUGCUGAAGACGGAGGCUCAAAAGAUGCCAAGAAGGUUAAAGGAGGCCCCGUUGAAAAUGUAAAAACGGAGAAGGACAAAAUUAGGGAAAAGGAUAAAGAUAAGAUAAAAGACAAGGAAAAAGCCAGAGGAGAGAAAACUUUGGUUAAAAGUGAUUUCAAGCAGCUGCUUCGCCCUGAUUCUGCAGGCUCCUCUGAGGAUCGCUCUGACAAGGAGCCCAGCCUAGACAGCACCAAGAAGAGGGACAAACACUCCAAGGACGUGUUUAAAAAGUCAAAGAGUCACUCUGAGGACAAGCCUGCAGACAAACCCAAAUCCAAAACAGAAAGUGAGAAAGGUAAAGUUGAUCAGGACAGCCAGAAGUUACACAAGUCAAGCUCAAACGCUGACAGAGAGCCCAAAAAAGUCAAGCCAACAGAUAAAAGAAUAACAGAAAAAUCAAAAACUAAAUCCAAAGAGGAAGCCAAGGCUUCGUUCUUACUAAAGACGGAUAAGAAAGUUCACAGUUCGGAUGUUAAAAGUGCAGGAGGUGCAGAUGUCUCUAAGCCCGAAACAGCAAAGGGGAAGAAAAAAGAUGGAAGCGCAAAAGAACAGAGGAAAGUCUCUGAAGAAACGUCCCAGGAGAAAUUAGACCUUAAAGGCGCAAAGAAGAAAGUGGAGAGGAAGAAUAAAGUUCCUGAAAAGAAGAGCGACGAUCAAGAAGCGAAGACGACGCCGAAAGAAGCCGAGCUGGAAAAGUCUGAUAAAUCCUUGAAGUCCUCUGUUUCUUCUUUGACUCUUGAAGAGACGUCUAAGAAGCAACCUCUCCGAGAAGUGAGCUCAGAGUCUGAUCCCGCCACCGUCACUGUCGCCACCUCGUUUUCCGAGGACACCUGCGAUGCUUUAAGUGACAUCACCCCCGAGCCAUCUGAGGGUGAUGCAGAGUCACGGCCCAGUGAGGUGCCAGCAGUACCGGUGGAGGCCGACGCCCUGCUGACCCUUAUGGACGUCUGUACUUCAGCCGAGGCAAGACUUCCACCCGGGAGUCUUAAAGAGGACGUCGCGGUAGAGGCGGAGCUUCGGGAUGCUGACAUGAAGAUGAAAGAGGCAGCGCUGACUCUGCUCUCCAUGGAUCCUGACAGUACGCUGUCCUCCACCUUCAUCCAAAACACGGAGGGAUCACAGCUGAAUCUGCCCGACCCACAACCGAUGGAAACAUCUGCAGCUGAAGAAGAGCAGCUGUUUCCUGCGCACAUCCAAACUGAGCUCACUCAUACUGGAGCCUCACCGACUGCAGUUCAACCAGCUGCUGGGCUUGUUGAUAAAACACCAGAAGUUGAUGAUGAGACAGAAACCUCAGAGAACAAAAUGGACACGGGUGAGACUGAAACAUCAGAGAGCAUUGCUCCACAGGAGUCUGAGUUGACUUCACAUACAAGCCUGAAAGAGGAGGAAACCAAAAGUGCUGAAACUCCUCUUGAAACAUUGUUUGAUGACAAAAUGGUUGCACCAGUAGACAAAAAAGUGGCUGAUGUUACGUCAGGAGCAGAGGCGAUCGCAGCUGAUGCAGAGGAGACGGCUGUAGCUGUCGUUUCUGACACCACCGAGACACUUUCAGAAAACAUCGAUGUGCCAGCACUAACAGAGCCAGAUGGUGCAGUUACACAGACGAGCCUCAAGGUAAUUGAGCUGCAUUUAAACCAAAUAUGA